UUGGGACGGGCUGGGAAGUUGGAUGCGGCGCGGAAAGUCGGCACGCGAGGGAGGGCGCGCGGGAGGGCGGCGCUCAUUGGCCGGGAGUGCGUGCGGACCCCGUAGAGAACCGGGAGCAGGAGGGCCCGAGCCAAUCGGGGCGGCCGGCGCCUGGUGGCGGGUCCGAUCCCUGAGGAGGCGCAGGGCCGGGCCGGGCCGGGCGGCGGAGGGGCUCGGGCUCGGGCUCGGUGCGGUGCCCACCCUUCCAGGUGGGACAGCGGCGGCGGGGGAGGCGGGCGUCCCGUCACAUCCCGUCACAUCCCGUCCCGUCCUAUCCCGCCCCGCCCCGCGGGGAGAGCGCGGAAGGUGGGAACGGCCCGCAGCGGGGCCCCGCCUUGGUGCAGCCAUGCAAGAAAGCAUACGUUUUGCUUCAGCAGGAGAUGAUGUUAAAAUAUGGGAUUCCAUAUCUCUAACUGUGGUGGAGCAGUUCAACCCACAUACACCCCCACACCCAGUCAGCUCGCUGUGUUGGGCCAGCAAUAAUAGAUACCUGGCCACUGCUUCUGCUGCUGGUGAUAAAAUAGUUGUUUGGAGUUGUAAAAGCAAGCCUGUUCCACUCUUUGAAAUAGCUGAAGGAGCAAAACAGACAUGUGUGAGCUUGAAUUCUAGUUCUUCAUAUAUUGUGAGUGGAGGCCUUGAUAACACUGUUAAUAUCUGGGAUCUGAAAUCCAGAAGGCUUUACCGUAGCCUUAAGGAUCAUAAAGAUGAAGUCACAUGUGUUACAUAUAAUUGGAAUGAUUGCUACAUUGCUUCUGGAUCUUUGAGUGGUGAAAUUAUCCUACACAGCGUCACCACCAAUUUAUCAAGUACUCCCUUUGGUUAUGGCAGCCGUCAGCCUAUUCGACACUUGAAAUAUUCAGCCUUUAAGAAAUCCUUGCUGGGCAGUGUUUCUGACAGUGGAAAUGUAACUUUGUGGGAUGUAAAUAGCCAGAACCCAUAUCAUAAUUUUGAAAACCCUCAUAAAGCACCAGCUUCAGAAAUCUGCUUUUCUCCAGUCAAUAAGCUGCUGGUUGCAACUGUAGGUUUAGAUAAAAGAAUUAUUCUCUAUGACACUUCAAGUAAAAAGUUACUGACAACAAUAGUAGCUGAUUUUCCUCUGACAACAAUGGACUUCAUGCCUGAUGGUACUACUUUGGCGAUAGGAUGUUCCCGGGGAAAAAUCUACCAGUAUGACUUAAGACUACUGACAUCACCGAUGAAAACAGUUGUUGCUCACAAAGGCUGUGUAAAAUGCAUACGUCUUCAGUGCAGUAGCACUUUUUCCAAGUCUAACCUUACGGGUUCUUCAAAUAAACCUGUAUCCAAAAGAGUAGAAGUCAAAACUGGUAGCCAUCUUGGAGGAAUUCAAAAUACUGACAUCAAAAAUGUUGCCUCUCAAGCAUCAGCCACAGUUUCGUCUCAUCUGACGUUGCCAAAUGAGAAUAAGGGAGGAGACAUUCCUCAGGAGAAAACAGGCUUCCCCCAUAGUUGCAGCUUGGAUGUGAUUCCAUCUAAAGAAACAGAUCAUGGGAAAAGUGCGGUUUUGAAUAAAUUUGGUGAUUUGAGUCGAAGUAGUAUAGGAGAUGUGUUUUCUCCAGUCAGAGAUGAUGAUAUUGCAAAUAAAGCGAAUGAAGAUCAUGAAGGAAAAGGAGAUGGUCUGGAUUAUCAGUCCUACGUUUUGGGUUUGGAUUUUCUCCCACAGCUCACUACUGCUCUUCCAGUAAAAAGAAACCCAGUGGGCUGCAGUGCACAAGGGAUAGGGUCUAGCCCAUUACAUGCACUUGUGGGAUCUCCAGUUAAAGAAGAGGAAGAACAUCCAGAGACUGACACUAAGAAAACGAAUCUUGGAAAACAAGAAACUAAAGAAGGCUUAAAGCAGCUUUCAAAAUCAAGCUCAUCAAGUGUAGAAUCUGUAACUUCAAGUCAUCCACCACCGUCCACUGCUAUAAAGGCUCCUGAUACAAAUGAAAGACUAGUGAAGAAUAUUCAGGCCCAUCCUGCAUAUGAUCUACCAGUAAAUGGUACUACCUCAACAAGUCCAAAGAUAGUAUCACCUGUCACUGCUGGAGUUGCAAGUUCAUUGUCAGAAAGAAUAGUAGAAACCAUUGGGAGUAGCAGACCAAAUGCACCGCUGACAUCAAUCCAAAUAAACUUCAUUCAGAAUAUGAUACAAGAAACAAUGGAUGACUUCAGGCCAGUGGUACCCAUAGCGCAGUAUUUGGUCUCAGAUGAUUGCGCUGUGAUGUGCUGUUCAGGAAGAGCAUAUGAGCUUGCCCGCUUUUUUAGAAGCAUGCCAUCGGGAUAUUGUGAAUUUGCAAGUGGAGAUGAUCAAGCAAUUCCAUAUGCAGUUGAAUGAAAUGCAUGCUUUACUUGAAAGAUACUCUGUAAAUGAAAGCUUAGUAGCUGAAAUUGAGAGACUACGAGAGGAAAACAAAAGGCUGAGGACUCACUUCUGAAAGAUUUACGCUGCUACUCUGAAAGAUUUAGCAUGAACUCACUACAGGUGGUAUGUUGCUUAUGACAGAUCAUCCAUCAUCACUGAAUUAUUGUAUGAAGAUCUGCUAUUAUUUUGAACAUGAAUCUUUUCUUUUAAAUAAAGGGUGUAAGAUACUAUAUGUAAUUAUAAAAUUUGUAACAGAUAAACAUUGUAUAAAAAAGUUUGUGUGCUUAUGCUAACCACUUUGAACUACUUCCUCCUAACAGAAAAACUAAGAGGAUAAGUACAUUAUCCGCACUUUUAGCAACAUGUGAAGUGCCUUUUUAUAAACAAAACCAAACCAGGUUGGAUGCCUUUUCUGUACGAAAUUUUUGAUAUACCUACUUUUCUAUCUGCUUCUCUAUUUUACUGCUGUCAGAAACAAUUACUGUAGCUUGCCUUUCAGAUACUUUUUCUUAGAGAAAAAGGGGAGACAGCGCUCAUCUUCUGCAUGACAUGGAAUCCUGUUUAUAAGGACCUGGAAAGUACAGUAUUUGGUUAACUUUAUUCUGUUGGCAACUUUUCUAUCCUAAGUAAAACUAGAGCUUGAAAAUACUCCCAAAUUCAGUGCCGUGAUCUUUCUUACUGUAUUUGUAAGUCUGACAUUUGUGCUUGUUUGCUGUAAACUUUGUUGUUGCAAAUGCUACUGCAACUGCACAGUGAAUCUAUUACAACUUCAGCUACGAAACUAGAACUCUUUUUAUUUACAUGUAUUUGAAUAUUGUCAUAGCUCGUCCACUUUGAAUGCCACUUUAGGCUUCAAAAUGUAAGUAUACUCAGCCAUUAAUAACAUUGCAUUGUGUAGAUGCAGUCUCCCAGUCUUUGACGCAUGUUUUUGCGCCCUGCCCUGCCCCACCACACUUAAUAUUGAGCAGUUGUGUUGUAGUUUUGAAUUUUGUUGGUUUAGUGUUAUUGUAGCCUUUUUGAGACAGCUGCAUACCAAAUCUAACUAUGACUUAGUUGUAUGAUUAGCAUAACAAACAUUAAAGAAAAAUCAUUACUUCAGUA